CAGCACUUGCUAUUGCUUCAAUCUAAUGUUAUAACAAUUUUUGAAUUUUUAAUGAAAUGGUUAACAUUUCGUAUUUUCUUUUAAUCUGUUUUUGUGGUAUUAGUACAUUCGAAUUAUGUUCUGCGAAUCAAUCUUGCUUAAACGGCCGAAAUGAAAAUUGUGUUGAAGGAAAAAGUCAUGAAAUCAAUAAAUAUUCUAAAGAAGCCAAUUCGAAAUAUAAGGAUUAUCUAUAUUCUGUGAAGAGAGCUAGAGACAAUUAUAUUCCUUGUGAAAAAACGGAUUGUACCUGUUAUGAGGGGACAAUAACUUCUGAUUUAUUUACUUUCAAAGAUGGAAUUACACAGGAACUAAUAGAUAGUGUUAAGACAAAAGGAACCAAGUACCAGGUGAUAUCUAACAGAUUAUAUAGGGACAAGAACUGCAUGUUUCCAGCCAGAUGUGCUGGAAUAGAACAUUUUCUACUUGAACUAUUGCCCAAGCUUCCUGAUCUAGAGCUCAUUAUCAACACCAGGGACUGGCCACAAAUCCAUAAAAAUUAUGGGGCUUUUGGCCCUGUUUUUUCUUUCAGCAAGACUCCUGAAUAUCAAGAUAUCAUGUAUCCAGCUUGGGCAUUUUGGGAAGGAGGGCCAGCUAUCAGUUUAUAUCCAAGAGGAAUUGGUCGCUGGGACAGUCACAGGAACAAAUUGGGUAAACUAGGAAAUUCAACUUCAUGGUCAGCCAAAGUACCAAAGGCAUUCUUUAGAGGAUCAAGGACAAGCUCUGAAAGGGAUCCACUCAUAUUACUAUCUAGAGAGAAUCCAGAUAUCGCUGAUGCCCAGUACACAAAAAACCAAGCAUGGAAGUCUGAUGCAGACACUCUACAUGCCCCUCCAGCCGAAGAAGUGCCAUUCGAGGAACACUGCAAAUACAAGUAUCUUUUCAAUUUCCGUGGGGUCGCGGCUAGCUUCCGCUUCAAACACAUCCUCCUCUGCAAGUCCCUGGUUUUCCACGUCGGCAACGAAUGGCAGGAGUUCUUCUACUCAGCCUUGAAGCCUUGGAUCCAUUAUAUUCCUGUCGAUGCGAACGCCAGCAAAGAGAGCAUCCGGGAGUUGGUGGAGUUUGCUAUGAAUCACGACGAUAUGGCGAGAGAGAUUGCCGAGAACGGGUAUAAGGCAAUAUGGAACAGUCUGAAGUUGUCGCAUGUCAGUUGUUACUGGGAACGACUGCUGAGCAGGUAUGCUGAACUUUUGAGUUUUAGGCCGGAAUUGGAUAAUAAUUUGAUUGAGAUAAAGCAGAAGUAA